AAUAUUGCAGUCUCCGACUUCACCUUCAAGCGCAUUAGCGAAUAGCAAAAGCCCAGAGAUUCAUGAUCCCAAUAUCUACAGAAAACCGCCGUCACUAGGCCGCGGCGGAAUUCCUUCAAGAUGGCAAAGAAAGCGAAAUCCCGGAUCAUCAGCGUGCGUCUGAUCUCCAUGGCCAUGACGGGCUACUUCUACCAAUUCUCCCGGCCGCGGACGUCUCUGCCCAUGAGCAUGCUGAAAUACGACCCAAUCGUGCGGAGAAAGGUCCUCUUCCUCGAGCAAAAACGGAAAGGCAAGGCAUAAUAGUCGUCACCGACGGGCCAGCCACGCUACGAUUAUUGUAAUCAACUGCUCUAUUUCUGGGAACGGCGCUUGGUGGGAGGUGCGGCUUAGGAGUCGGGCUGACAAGGUUGGCCAAGCACAAAGAAGCCCAUCUCCGUGUAUAUCACAAAAGACGAGCAUGACAGGAGUUUCGAAACAAGGGGAUCGGUUGCUGCAACAUCCUUCACGAUCAGGGCGGCAUGUACAUCUCCAGAGCUCCAAUACCCUUAGAACGGAAUGGGAAAAUAUAUUACUUCUACCUAGCUAA